AUGGGUAUUCAAGGUCUGCUUCCACAAUUGAAGUCCAUUCAGAAUCCAGUUUCAUUGGUCCGAUACGAAGGUCAGACCCUGGGGAUCGAUGGUUAUGCCUGGUUACAUCGCGCUGCCUGUUGCUGUGCAUAUGAGCUCGUAACGGGCCAACCAACAGCCAAGUACUUGCAGUUCUUUAUCAGGAAGAUUAGCAUGUUGAAAUCUUUCAAAAUCGAACCCUUUUUCAUAUUUGAUGGUGAUGCAAUUGGUGUCAAGAAGGAUACUGAGGUAAAGAGAAGGGAAAAGAGAGCUGAGAACAAGAGCAUUGCUGAAAAGCUUUGGAAGUUAGGUGAAAGAUCUAAUGCUAUGGAUUACUUCCAGAAAUGUGUGGAUGUGACCCCCGAGAUGGCCAAAUGCAUAAUUGACUACUGUAAAACAAAUAGGAUCCAGUAUAUCGUUGCGCCCUUUGAAGCAGAUGCGCAAAUGGUUUACUUGGAGAAACAAAACCUGAUCCACGGAAUCCUCUCGGAGGACUCAGAUCUAUUAAUCUUUGGUUGCAGAAAAUUGAUCACCAAGAUGAACGAUUUUGGUGAGUGCAUUGAAAUUUGUCGAGACGAUUUUGAUCAGCUGCCCAGAAAGUUCCCGUUGAAUCAAUUGACGGAUGAAGAGAUCAGAAUUAUGGUGUGCCUGUCUGGAUGUGAUUAUACCAGUGGGAUCCCCAAAGUGGGGUUAAUCACGGCGAUGAAACUGGUGAGACAGUUCCGUACACUGGAUCGAGUUUUGUUGAGUAUUCAAAGAGAUGGUAAAUAUAAGGUCCCACCAAAUUUUGACCAAGAGACCAUACUAGCAAAUUUUGCGUUCCAAUUUCAAAGAGUAUUCUGCCCGAUCAGAAGAAAGAUUGUCAGCUUGACCGAGAUUCCUCCUCACUUACUUAAUUGCAGAGAACUAUAUGAAAGCAUUGGCUAUGUUGUUCAUAAAAGUACCGGUUCAAAAGGCUGUGUUAUGAACGACGACGAUAUCGACCACGAUUUGCAUCUCAGGAUCGCUAUUGGUGAUCUUAACCCUAAUAACGUUCAAAAGAGGUUGGUAAACCGGGAACAUAAAUUACAACUGACUUCCAAAUCAGAAUUACAGGUGGAAAACAGUAAGAGUCGUCCAGCAGUGGGAUCGAUCGAUUCUUUCUUCAGUCAGGCAACGAUUGAUAACAAGAUACCCAAGCUUACUGUCUUAGAUAAGAUAUCCAAGCCUAAACCGCCCGUAGUAGAUAAAAUAGCGGAAACGAUCAAGAGAAGAAAGCUCAGUCACAAUUACAGCAUACCAACAACAACAACAAGCAAGUUUUUUCAAACGACACAGCCUGACGAAGAUGAUAUCGAGACUGAAGUACCUUCAUCACAACUGCCAACCCAGGUAUCCAGCGUAUCAGCGACCCAAUUGGAGACCGAUGACGACGAAAUCCUAGAUGAAGUUGAAUGCGAUUACAAGCAACCCAUCGGACCAUCGGCUCCUCGUACUGCCGGUCCAAGACUUCUUUCAACCAGUGCUGACUUUUCCAUACUCCACCAAUUUAGAUACUCGGGUACACGCGAACCUCUACAGGCCAAGAAUCCCAACAAGAUGGACCGAAUGGUCAACGUAUCCUCUCAAAAAAACAUGAAUAGUCAUAAGAGACCCCAAAAUGCUCGUGGGAUCGUUGUUCGAGCUACUACAACUACUAGUCAACAGCACCAGACAACUGCGAGACCAGCGCUUAGGUCGCUCUCGCUCUCGUCAAGGUUCUCCUAUAGUGCCAACCGCAGCUAA